UUAAAAUACACGGUACACUGUAGUUGGUUGCCUAUGCUGCAUUGCUCAUAGACCUAUUAACUCAAUGAGUUAAUAGGUCUAUGGCAUUGCUGCCCAUUAAAAUAAUAUUUGCACUCUUCUUAUCAUUGAGAGCAAAUAGCAAUAUGCUCACAUCAGCAUUAUUACUAUGGGCCACUGGAACGUACAAGUGUGUAAUUAGCAUUGUCAGUGUAAUAAAUGGAUUCUGCUUCUACUGAAAAUACAAAUCGACUUAAGCCACUCAAUGAAUUAAGUAAUGAAGAUCAACUUUUAAUAUCUAUGUGCACACUGGCUAGGGAGAGGGCAUAUGUUCCAUACAGCAACUUUAAAGUCGGUGCUGCCUUGCGAUGUGAUGAUGGUACCAUAUUCUCAGGCUGCAAUGUAGAAAAUGCCUCGUACGGGCUCGCAAUAUGUGCCGAACGUACAGCUAUUGUGAAAGCUGUAAGUGAAGGAAAAACUAAAUUCACUACAAUUGCAGUUGCAGGAUUGAACAAUAAUCAAUUUGUUCCUCCGUGUGGUGCUUGUAGACAAGUAUUAAGUGAAUUUAAUAAUCCCAAUAAUGACAUGAUCGUUUAUUUAUACCAACCUGAGGGUAGUGAUGUAGUUAUGACAAGUGUGUCUGAACUACUUCCAUUGGAUUUUAAAUUUAAUACAAUUUAAUGAAUUGAUAAUAAUCAAGUAAAAAUAGCUUAUCUAUUAACUUUUUUAAAUUAUACCUAUUAUGAGUUAAGGUUUUGACAAAUUUGCUUAAGAUUUUUUUAAUGACUGUAGAUACCUUUUAACGCACUAACCUUUUAUAUUUUAUACUUAUUAUUUCAAUUUAUUUGUACGAUAUCAUUAUUUAUGAAAAAUAAAAUAAUUAUGCAAGUACAGGGUUCUUAUUUUUUUGAUUGGAUGUAAAAAUAUAAAUAUAAUAUUUUAUAAAUGUAUAUCAUAGUUUACAACUUACAAGUGUAUUUAGUCUAUGUAUACUUACAUAACUAAUUGUUAAAUAUUCUUUUCUUGAAUAAAUCUAUGGAAUAAA